UGGGAGUUGUAGUCAGUUUUUUUUUUUAUAUAAAGGCGUUUCCAAGCUCUGGGCUUCUCCAUCCUGUGGGGGCGCGUGUUUGCCCACCUCUUGCCAUAAAAAGACUCUUGGCGGUGGGCUUGGCCAGAAAGGAACGGCGUUACAUUCCAGAAAGGAGGAACGAGGCUGGGUUGGGGGCGGGGGAGGCAGCAGCUCCUUUGCUUCCUCUUGAUCUGGCAGAAGGGAAGCCCUCCGUUUCUCCUCUUGGCGUUACUCCUCCUCCUCCUCCUCCCUGAUGAGAUCUGGACUAAGUGUUGCCAUCUGGGUUUCUCUGGAUCACAGGAUUGAUUCUGGAUCAGUCUUCUGCUACAUCCUUCUGAAUCCAUAGUAAUCUGCUGCUUAGAACAGGAAAAAUGUCGGAGGGAAGAAACAAACAAGGAAGGCCUCAAGAAUCGGAGGAAAGGGGUAAAUGUCUGGAUGCAGAAGAGGGGGUUGGGAAUCAAGAUAGAAUUACAAAGCUGGGAGGAAAUCAAGCAGAUGAGAAGACAGACGGACCCAUUGCUCAUCCAGAAGAAGUUCCAGUCUGUCGGAAAACAUCCAGAGGAGAACAGAUUAACGAGUGCCCGAAGUGUGGGAAAACCUUUGUUCACAAAUUGGUACUUGAUAGCCAAGGAAAAGUUUGCAAAGGGGAAAAAACCUUUACAUGCCCGGAGUGUGGAGAGAGUUUGCCUACAGACGUUGCUACACACAUCAGUUCCCACACAGGCGAGAAGCCCUUCGAAUGCCAGGAGUGUGGGAAAACCUUUGGAGUGAGAACACACCUUAUAACCCAUGAAAGAAUUCACUCGGGAGAGAAGCCAUUUAUAUGCCUGCAGUGUGGAAAAGCUUUCCGCCUGAGAGGGGACCUUGUUUCACAUCUUAAAGUCCACACCACGGAGAAACCAUUCGAAUGCAAGGAAUGCGGAAAAACCUUUAAAUGGAAGAAGUCCCUUAUUAGUCACCAAAGUACACAUACAGAAGAGAAACCAUUUGAAUGUCUGGUGUGUGGGAAAUGUUUCAGUCAACGUGGAAGCUUUGCGAAACACUUCAGUAUCCACACGGGUGAGAAACCGUUUGAAUGCCUGGAGUGUGGGAAAACCUUUCGACUGAGAGCACAUCUUACGACCCAUGAGAGAAUUCACUCAGGGGAGAAGCCAUUUAAAUGCCUGGAGUGUGGAAAAAGUUUCAGUCAACGUGCAAGUCUUGCUACACACUGCAGUUCCCACACAGGCGAGAAGCCAUUUAAAUGCCUGGAUUGUGGAAAAAGUUUCAGUCACCAUGCACACCUUGCUACACACCGCAGGACCCACACAGGCGAGAAGCCAUUUGGAUGUCUUGAGUGCGGAAAGACCUUCCGCCAAAGCCGAGACCUUGUUUCACAUUACAAAGUCCACACCACAGUGAAACCGUUUGAAUGCAAGGAAUGCGGAAAAAGCUUUAGAUGGAGAAAAUCCCUCAUGUGCCAUCAAAGCACACACACGGAAAAGAAACCCUUUGAAUGCCUGGAGUGUGGGAAAACCUUUGGACUGAGAGGAAAUCUUAUUAUCCACGAAAGAAUUCACUUAAGGGAGAAACCAUUUAAAUGUCCAGAGUGUGAAAAAAGUUUCAGUCAGCGGGCAUAUCUUGCUACACACCUCAGAACCCACACAGGCGAGAAGCCCUUUGAGUGCCUGGAAUGUGGGAAGACCUUUGGACUGAGAGGAAGUCUUACUAUCCAUGAAAGAAUUCACUCAGGGGAGAAACCGUUUACAUGCCUAGAGUGUGGAAAGUGUUUCAGUCAGAGUGCAACACUUGCUACGCACAGCAGAACCCACACAGGCGAGAGGCCGUUUGAAUGCCUGGAGUGUGGAAAGAACUUCAGUCAACGUGCACACCUUCGUUCCCAUCAAACGACUCAUGUAGGAGAAAAGCUGUUUAAAUGCAUGGAGUGUGGGAAAAGCUUCGGUUCACGUGAGAGGCUGAGUAAACAUCACAAAAUCCACACCAAGUAGUAACUGUUUCAGUGUCGAGUGUUCAUGCUGGAAAUAAUCAAUAUAAAUGUU